UUUAGUUUAUUAAGCCAAUUAAUCUAUAUUAUUUGUAAAUCAGUGGAAACAUAAAAUGAUAAAGAAAAAACUGCUGCUUCUAAAUCUGAUUCCUUUCAUUUAUGUAUUUCAUCUACUUCCCAUUGGUCUUUUAAAUGUGCUUGGCAACAGUCCUUCCCUAAGGGCUCUGUUGGGACCUCUCUAUCUCUCAGGCAGGUCUAUAGAGGACCCUGGUUUUGAUGAGACCUGUCACAGCUCAUUUUCUGACAGAAUUUGAUGGAAAAACUCAACAGUGUGACUAAGACAUUUUGGGGAGAUCUGGCUGUGGGCACAGUUCUUUGCUUAUAGUGCUGUUGCAUAGAACUUGUUAUUUUUGCAGUAUUUAUUAUAAAUAGGGAAGGAAAUGUGAAGAAAGGGAUUCAGUUUAGGAUGGUGACUUAAGCAUAAAUGGAAUUUGUUGUUUUUGUCCAGGGAUAGUUCAGAUGCAGCUUGAUUGUGGUCUCCCUGUCCACCCAUCCGUGUGUCUAAUGUCUAGUAUCUAACUCUCCCUCUGCCCCCAGCUCCACUCUACCAGCUCAAGGUUAGUUCUCUUCUCUGAUAGACUGUGCUCUCAUGAUCUACCUCCCGGACUUGGUUCUUCCAGAUUGAAGGUGUCUUGGGGGAGAGAAGGAGGCCCUCUCAGGGAAGGGAAGAAGGCCUUCCAGUUGCAGUUAAAAGUGCACCCUUGAACUCCACCUCCCUCCAUGGGAAGUGUAGGGAAGCUCUGCAGAGGAGGGGUCCACCCAGCGUUGACCAGACUGGCCCCGGGUCAUGGGGCUGCACAUCUCCAGCAGAGCUCUGCUUCUCUGGAGCGACCUGGCAAUGCACUUUGUCGCCUUUGAUAUGCCGCUGGGUAGCAGGUUUCUCAGAACAAAGAAAAACCAGUUGGCAUUGCCUGGAUCAAGGGUGUACCUUCACAGGAUACAACUGCCCCUGCCCCCCUAGCCGUUAAUCUUCAAGGUGUCACCCUGCCCAGUUUUCUAAUUGUCAUGUAUUUUUCCUGGAAUUUUGUCUGCAAAGAAUUUUAAAAGUGUGCUCCACUGUGCUGUAAUUUUUAAGAAAUUGCAAGCCUUUCUCUUUGCAUUGCUCCUAAAAACGUUAAUUUAACUUUGGUAGUUAAAAACAGAAUCUGAGAAUUCAGAAUCACUCCAGGGAGUUCUAGAGGCAGAUGGUUUCCAAGGACUAAAGGCUCUGCCCCAGUGGAGUUCUGAGUAGUAUCUACAGUCUCACCCCCUGGGACACUGUCUUAAGGGGCUGCAGCACAGUGCAUUUCCUGAUUUGUGAGUGUUUAACAGAACUACCGGAAGUGUUACCUAUGAACAUUUCAGCUGUGAUGGAGGCACUCCACAUUUAGUACCAAAAUAAUGGCAUUCCUUGGCUACCCCUGCUGAGGUAGCUAGCUGGUGUUAGAGGCAAGUGCCCCAGGCUUGAAGGAGGAUGAGAAGAACCAAGUUUUAACUACCAAUAUUUGGCUGCAAAUGUCUUGGACAGAUCACUAUUUGCAAUGGAAUAUGUCAGAAUACCCGGGCGUGAAGACGGUUCGUUUCCCUGAUGGCCAGAUUUGGAAACCAGACAUUCUUCUGUACAACAGUGCUGAUGAGCGGUUUGAUGCCACGUUCCACACCAACGUCCUGGUGAACUCUUCUGGACAUUGCCAGUACCUCCCUCCAGGCAUAUUCAAGAGCUCCUGCUACAUCGACGUGCGCUGGUUCCCCUUUGAUGUGCAGCAGUGCAAGCUGAAGUUUGGGUCUUGGUCGUACGGAGGCUGGUCAUUGGACCUGCAGAUGCAGGAGGCAGAUGUCAGCGGCUAUAUCCCCAACGGGGAAUGGGACCUCGUGGGUAUUCCGGGCAAGAGGAGCGAGAAGUUCUAUGAGUGCUGCAAAGAGCCAUACCCAGACGUCACCUACACAGUGACCAUGCGGCGCAGGACGCUCUACUACGGCCUCAAUCUGCUCAUUCCUUGCGUGCUCAUCUCGGCCCUGGCCCUGCUGGUGUUCUUGCUCCCUGCAGACUCCGGGGAGAAAAUCUCCCUUGGGAUAACCGUCUUACUCUCCCUGACUGUCUUCAUGCUGCUUGUGGCCGAGAUCAUGCCCGCAACAUCCGAUUCGGUGCCCCUGAUAGCCCAGUAUUUCGCCAGCACCAUGAUCAUCGUGGGCCUCUCCGUGGUGGUGACCGUGAUCGUGCUGCAGUACCACCACCACGACCCUGAUGGUGGCAAGAUGCCCAAGUGGACCAGAAUCAUCCUUCUGAACUGGUGCGCGUGGUUCCUGCGCAUGAAGAGGCCUGGGGAGGACAAGGUCCGGUCGGCCUGCCAACAUAAGCAGCGCCGCUGCAGCCUGGCCAGCGUGGAGCUGAAUGCUGGGGUCGGGCCGCCGGCGCCCAAUGGGAACCUGCUGUACAUCGGCUUCCGCGGGCUGGAUGGGAUGCACUGCGCCCCGACCCCCGACUCAGGGGUCGUGUGCGGCCGCCUAGCCUGCUCCCCAACGCAUGAUGAGCAUCUCCUGCAUGGCGGGCAGCCCUCCGAGGGGGACCCAGACCUGGCCAAGAUCCUGGAGGAGGUGCGCUACAUUGCCAACCGCUUCCGCUGCCAGGACGAGAGCGAGGCGGUGUGCAGCGAGUGGAAGUUUGCGGCCUGCGUGGUGGACCGCCUGUGCCUCAUGGCCUUCUCCGUCUUCACCAUCAUCUGCACCAUCGGCAUCCUCAUGUCCGCUCCAAACUUCGUCGAGGCUGUGUCCAAAGACUUCGCGUGACUUCGCGUGGUUCUGUAGGUGUUUGAAACACACAGGUGGACAGUUGCUGGCUCAGUGAGACUUUGGGGUGCUAAUCCCUCAGAAGCAUUCAAUGUGACUACUCUGACCUUCCCUGACAGCCGUCAAUCAUGUUGGUUAUUGUUUCCUCAUUACUUUCAGUAACAACCCCAGCACCUGUUGGUUGAAGCCCUCAGAUGGGCUGAUACCGUUGACACGUUGUUAUGCAGCAGGGCCACUGAACAUUUUGCCCAUUUGCAGGAGAGCCCUUCAGAGAGGUCCAGAAACCUGGAUCGCCAGGGGCAGCCUGUAGAGUUGGUUUUGCAUGUGUGCAUGUCACCUGCCAGGAAGGACUACAUGAAACUGCAGCGUAUGCUCGUGCCUGUGCAUAAACCUAGACUGACGCUAACAGUAAGCCAAAUGCAAUAAUUCCACUCUAACAAUUGGUGAGAGGAAACCAAACCAAAAAUGAAAAAUCCUGAAACCCUAUCUACUGAUUUUUCUGCAGUCUGUCUUUUUCCCCCCUGUCAACAGUUUUCUGCUGUUUCUAUGUUGAAAACAAGCAACAGAAAGAGGUGGUUGGGUUUGCAAACUGUUUUCACCAACCUAAUUUCUGAAGACGUUCUCUGUAAAGGGAAUAAGAGGGAUGUAGCUUUAAGUUGAUUCUAAACUAGGACCAGACCCUGGAGAGCAGAGCUGUAUAUCUCGUGGGUACCAGGUGACUCCCCAGCUUCACAUGCUGUGCCCUGGUUGUGGGGAGUUGAGUGUGUCUGUGCUGUAGAGCCCCCAGGAUGGCUUGAGUCCUACUGGAAUUACCAACUCCAAUGAAUAGCUAAAGCUAACUCAAACCAUUUCUGUGUUCUUUUGAAAAUAGUGAUGCAUUAGAUGCUUCACAUGUGUUGGUGUAGAUUCCACUCAGGAAUAUGUGCAUCUAUACAAAGGCUCAACACAAAGUGAAAGUUUCUUGUUUGUUUGUUUGUCUGUUUUUUCUCCAUAUGUCAGGGCCAGAGGGUGGGGGCAGGGACCUCCAUGGCCCCGUGUGUGACAGGAGCUGGGGAGGGGAUGGUGUAGGCAGUGUCUUGAUUGGAUGCCUGACCAGUGCAGUCAGCGGGAAGGAGCUCGGAGAGCAUCAGGGAUUGCACAGCCAGCAAUUUGGGUUUCUGCUUCCCCACAGCUGUCCCAGCUUGAGCACAGCAAGCUGGCUUAUGAUCAGCUGGUGGGUUCGCUGCACAUGUGUUUUGGAAACAAGAAUAACUUAAAUUUUUAAACCUAAGAGGUAGCGGUGCUCCAUUUAGAUUAUCUAGCUGACAAUAGUCACUUUGCCUCUUCUCAUUUUCUGAUUUUUAAAUGAGAUCAGAGGUUAAUGACCAAGAAAAAACUUCUGCUGUUCUAUUAUGUCAUCUUGUAACAGCUCACAGCUCAAAAUUGCAGAAAGCUUCUGAACUCCUAGAGAUCUUUAAUUUACUUCCAACUCCCAAGAUGGGUGCAUCAUGAGAGAAGAUUAGAUUUUCAGAGAAAGGAAACUGUACAUCUUUCCAGCCAUCCAUUUCAUUCAUUUCUGGGUAAUGUACAUGAAUUCAUCUGCACUGGAGGAAGGAAGGUGGGGGCUUGUCAUGCUCUCUGUGCACGUAUGACUGUAUGACUGUGUAUACAUGUGUGCCCAUGUGCACAAGCCACUGUUGAUGUGAUGUGAGGGAGGGCGCCCUGUUUAAAUGAAGAAGGCUGGUAAAUCAGGCCCCCCACCUCCCAGCAUCAAGGCCUUUUGGAGCAAGGGCUUCCUCAGAUCUGGAUCACCUGUUCUAUGUGGUGUGGAUGAAUGAUGCACACUAUUCUGUUUUUUUUUUUCUUCUCCCAUUAAAGUGUCUUUAGGAAUAAGGACAAGUGUUUUGAUAUAUAAAGCGAAUGCUGCAUUCUUACUGUUAUCCAAGAACUGAUC